UUAUCAUGCCUGCCUCUGUUAAAAUUAAAAAAAGUGUCUCAGAAGACUCCAGAAGUGUCCUUUCAUCGCCCCUUCCUCCCUGACCCCAGGCAAUGACCUUCCUCCGUGGGUCACUCCCCCUCCUCCGCCGCUCCAUCUCCUCCAAGAUCCCUUCUUCUCCCAGACCCCAUCUUCCUCUUCCUCCUCCUCCUCUCUUGUCGAGAUCCAUCUCCAACCCUAACCCCACAGCGGGACGUAUCCCCAAUCCAUUCUUGUCAUGCCGCCGGUUCUACAACCUCGAUCGACUCCAGCUCCAAGAAUGGUACCACAACAACCAUGCCAUCAUCCUCGACCCCCUCGUUGUCUUUCUUGGUGUCAUCCUUGGCGGCGGAGGCAUCAUCUAUUACCGCUAUUUUGAGACCGUCCCUAUCAGUAAAUUCUCCCGCUUGGUCCUCCUCUCUCCUUCCACUGAGCGAGAGCUCAGCGAGAUCGAGUUUCAGGAGUUCAAAAAGGGCAUCGAGGGUAGGAUCCUCCCUGCCAACCAUCCCGAUAGCAUUCGAGUCCGCCGCAUCUCCGAGAACAUCAUUGAAGCCAUUCAACCAUGUCUCCAACAUGACAAUAGCUUUUUGGCCGAUCUCUGGUACGCUUUUGUGAUACUAGCUGCUGAGAAGUUUAAGGUGACUAGGAAGAAGGCGGCGGAGGCGGCGGCGGCGGAGGCUGAGAAUUGGGAGGUGUUUGUGGUGAGCGAUAAGACUUUUUAUGCCUUUUGCCUUCCGUGCGGCAAGAUUGUGGUUUCCACCGGAGUUCUUGAUCAUCUCAGGACGGACGACGAGAUAGCGGCUUUGCUUGGGCAUGAGGUUGCCCAUGUUAUUACUCGCCAUGGUGCUGAGGUAGCUACAAAGGACUUGUGGUUGGGUGUUCAUGAAAUGUGCCAGUUCAAUAUAUUUACUAUUCAGCAGCUAAUGGACCUCUUCAAUAGAAUGAGAAGAGAGACAGAUGAUAUAGGCCGCUUGUUGAUGGUGUAUGCUGGAUAUGACCGACGUAUCGCACCAAGAGUUUAUGAAAAACUUGAGGAGAUCCAGAAGUUUACUUUAUGGGACUAUUGAGAACAUGUCAUGUUUGCUUCUGAUUUCCUUCAUUAAUUGACUUUUCUCUAGGGUCUUCAUGUUUCUAUGCAGUAAGAUUUUAAGUUGUAUCACUUAAUCUACUUUUUUAAAUUUAGUUUACCUUCAAUCAUGAAAAUAUAAAUGUAGUAUAGAUUUUUCAAUUAGGCUUGUCAAUUAGCCUGGGCUUUGGCGGGGCCGGGCAUGACCUUCUUGUGCCAUGGCCGGGGUUUGAUUCCCUGUCGGCCCCGGAAAUGUAAAUUUAAAUAUUAUAUACAUGUAUAUCUUAUGGUAUAAGAUAUACAAACUUGAAGAGAUUGUAUAUUUAAAUGACAUUGGUCUUUGUUAUUUACUUAUACAAACUUGAA